AUGUCCACCCAAAGAGCCCUCUGGUUCGUCGCCAGCAAAGCCAAAGCCAAAGCCACCAAAAAGACUUCACCACAACAAGGCGGUACCAUCUACAUCCACUGCCACGUCAAACCUGGUGCCAGCAAACAGCGAGAGGGUGUCACUUGCAUAACUGACGAAGCAGUCGAGAUAUGUGUGGCUGCGCAGGCGAAGGAGGGAGAGGCGAAUAAAUCUGUUGUCAAGGUUUUGAGUGAGGCUCUCAAUAUCCCCAAGUCCAACCUCGAGAUAACUCAGGGCCUCAAGUCUAGGGCCAAGACCAUUGCUGUUGCUGCUCCUGGGUCGUGGCUUGGUGGUAACGGCGGGGAGGAGGAGGAGUGUCUUGAAAGGGUGAAGGCGUAUCUGACCAAGGCGACGGAGCCGUGA